UGGUCUGCAAGUGUAGGGAAGGUAACGUGCAUAGAAGCUGCUGCUACUCAAAUCCCGCACUGCACUUUGAGGACUUGCUGCUGUAAUUGCACCCUGUCCUGUCAGGACGCCCCAGAGAUGGGAAAUUCGUAUGCUGGACAGCUGAAGACAACACGGUUUGAAGAAGUUUUGCACAAUUCUAUUGAGGCAUCUCUCCUGUCUAAUAAUCUGGUUCCCAGACCGAUAUUUUCCCAGCUAUACCUAGAAGCUGAACAACAGCUCUCAUCUCUGGAAGGUGGAAGACUUGAAAAUGAUGAGGAUGAUGAGGAAGAUGACGAAGGCUCUGGAUCGAAUAGCCCACCUCUGUCAUAUCAGAGCAAACCACCACCAGAAGGAUGCUGCUCUACUGAUGGCUUUUGUCAGGCUGGUAAAGACCUGAGGUUUGCCUCUAUUUCCGCUGAUCAGCUUGAAGUGCCUCCUGGUUUUUUACUUGUUGGAGCCAAGUCACCAAGUUUGCCUGAUCAUAUUUUAGUGUGCGCAGUAGACAAGAGGUUUUUACCAGAUGAUAAUGGAAGAAAUGCCCUGCUAGGUUUCUCUGGCAAUUGUGUUGGCUGUGGAGAAAAAGGUUUUAGAUAUUUCACAGAGUUUUCCAAUCAUAUUAACCUCAAGCUGACAACACAGCCCAAGAAACAGAAACACCUGAAGUAUUACCUGGUCAGGAAUGCACAGGGAUGUCUGAUGAAGGGACCUCUCAUUGCCUGGAAAGGUGCAGACGCCAGAAGCCGACAUUCAUCUUCCAACACUUGCUCUAGUACUGGACUCGCGGUGCAGGAGGGCAUAGGACCGGCCAAGACGACUGACUCCGCUCUAGCUGUCAACUUACAUAUGAUAAAUGGAAAUCUACCCACAGCAGAUAAUGGCUUGAUACAAGCACAGCUUGGUCACACAUACCAGAACAUAAAUGGGUCUAUCUGCCCUCAACAAAUGGCAAAGGGAAAUCCUUCUGUUCCAGUUCGGUCUUCUGUGUUAGGCAACUUAACUAAUUCCGGUCCCCCGAAAAAGCGACACAAAGGCUGGUCUCCUGAAUCUCCUUCUCCAACAGAUGCCAGUUUCCCACAGAACAACUUCCUCAACACAGGCAUCAGUGGUAAAGUUGAUCAUUUAGCUAAGCUGUGUGUCCCACAGUUGACUCAAGGAGGUACUCUAUUUUCUCCCCCGGUCGGCACUGGAGAACCGGUUUCAGUACCAGACAAUCUUCUGAAAACAUGCAUGAUAAAGCCUGUUAUUUUCAAAGGUCAUGGAUGUUUUCCGUACCUGUGUGGCAAUAUGAAUGACAUUAUUGUGAGUCCUCUGUUGUACAAUUGCUACAAAAACUCACAGUCCAUGCCCAAAGCGUAUGAACACUAUGGACCAACUACAAUACAACCAAUUUCCGAAGAAAUGCAGCUCUUACUUACAGUCUAUUAUAUGGUCCAACUCGCUCCAGAUCAGGUUCCAUUGAUUGAAGACUUAGAACAGAUUUUUAUGCGUUCAUGGCGAGAAACUCACCUUGCAGAAAUUCGUCAAUACCAGCACAUCAUGUCUCAUGCCUUUCCCCACUUCCCGAAUCCCAUUACUCCGGUGACAGCUGCCCAACUUCCAUGGUUGGCUGGACUUGCAGCCAGCUCUUGUAAUGAAAGUGUUAAGAUUAUUGAAUGCAGCUAUUCCUUAGCAGAGGGAAUUUCAGAAAUGUUUAAAUUGCUGAUGGACGGGAAAUUAUCAAAGACCAACUAUGUGGUUAUAAUUUGCACUUCAAGACAAACUGGAAUAGAUUCCUGCAUUGUAGUAACAGGGAAAUUCCAGGCGCGGCUUUUAGUAGAAAGCAUGCUCUCACCAGCGGAUUACCUCAAAGAAGUCAGUUAUGAAAUAGUUAGUGGAAAAGUGGAGACUUUAGGAGCGUUCUUCAGCGCGUUGUGUCCAGAUGGAGAUUUAGAUAUGGUGCUGGACAAAGUCUAUCAAGAAAGCCAAGGGAAUGCUUCUUUGUCUCCACCAAAAGCAAAUAUAGAGGCUAAAGCAUCAUCUACUUGUUCAGGUUACAACAUUGAAUGGAGCCAGGUCCGGCCUUCGCAGCUGGUGGUAGCUCAGAAGCUGUUGUCUCACGUUUGCUCCAUUGCAGAUUCCAGCACUCAGAACCUGGAUUUGGGAUCUUUUGAGAAAGUAGAUUUUCUUAUCUGUGUUCCUCCAUCUGAGGUUAUGUAUCAGCAAACUCUCACCCAGCUCUGGAGCUCAGGGAUUUUAUUGGAGCUUGGCCUAGAAAAAGACUUGCAUACAAAGCAGAACAUGGAACAAUAUGUCAUGAAAAUAGAUUCCGAUGCCCAAAGCAAAUUUAAGCUCUUUCUUCAUAGAUCUAUUCAGAACCCCCAUACUUUAUUUGUACUGGUUCAUGACCAUGCUCACUGGAAUCUUAGCAGCUCUCUUUAUAGCCCUUAUGCUCAGAACGAAUCACCUAUGGGACUUGUUGAUAGACUUCUGAACUGCAGGGAGGUUAAAGAUGCCGCUAACAUACUGGUUCUGCAUGUAACAUCCUUCCCCUAUGCUCUACAGACGCAGAACACCCGAAUCAGCCCGUACAAUGAGAUCCACUGGCCUUCUUCUCACAGUCAUGGGGUGGAGUUAUAUCAUGAAAGCAGGAAGUACUUUGGCUUGUCAGAGUUUAUUGAGUCUACACUUUCCGGACACAGCCUUCCACUCCUUCGCUAUGACAGCUCUUUCGAAGCCAUUGUCUUGGCUAUAGGAAAAAGAUUCCCUAAGCUUCACAGUGCCGUGAUAAGGACGUUUCUUCUUAUACAACAUUACUCUGCUGCUUUAAUGUCAGUCUCUGGUUUGUCACAGAUGAAGAAUUACACCUCUGUGGAAACUCUGGAAAUUGUCCAGAAUCUGCUGAAUUCUCCUAAGCAGUGUGCGAGUGGUCAUGCGCUUAUGGUCCUGCUAAGGAUCCCUUGUGUUCCCCUGGCUACUCUCGCCUAUGAGAGGCUUUGUCACGUCCGAGAACGACUGCGCAUGCAGGACAGAUUUGAAAUAAUACUUGGAGCUGCAAACUCUGCAAUCACUAUCGGGAAGCACUUUAUUGACCAGCUAAAGGUUUGGCAAAAGAAUGACGAUCCAGACUGGCAGCCUAGAACAUACCUGGAAUUAGAAGGUUUGCCUUGUAUCCUGAUAUACAGUGGGAUGGAGCCACUAGGAGAAUCCCUGCCAAGAUCGUUAAGAUACUGUGAUCUCCGUUUAAUACAGUUCUCUACCUGGGAAAGAACAACAAUUGAACAGGAGCUAGGACUAGCGUCCUGCUUUGUUAGUACAACCAUAGCCUCAGAUAAAGGUUCGGGAAGGGACGUCAGUAACAGUGACCCGGAGAAACUGAGCAGCACUGACAAUGAGGAUGAGGAAAUGGUGAUUGAAGGGUCUAAUUCAGAAAAGCGAAGCCCCAGUAAGAGGCAACGUUCACGUUCACAGGAUUCUGCAUCUUCAUCUUUGUGCUCUAAAGCUUCAGGUUCAGCCUUGUGCAGUGAGUCAUCUUAUUGCGACAUGACAGAGGACUCAACCAAAGCGCCGCAACACCCAGUGGUUUCCAGCAAUGAAGACAGCACAGUCAGUUGUGAAAAGACUGAAGUCCCAUCAGAUAAAACUUCCAAAAUACCCAUCAGCUCUACAGAACAAUCAGACAGCAUUAGCUCAACUCUGAAUGUAAAGGGCAUUUCCAGCUCUGUUUCUACAACCUCCUCCUCAUCAACAACCUCUUACUUUAAAAGUGGGAUUGUCCUGCAAACAUCCCAGUGUUGUUUGGCCAAGGCAUAUAAACAGCCACCUAUAGUUUUCCUUCCCAAGUUAGUAUAUGACAUUAUUACCUCCACAGACAAUAGUGGUCUUUCCAAGUCUUCUUCCUUCCUUCCACAUUGUGAUGUGUCAUGGGCCAGCUCUUUCCGUCCCCUUCUGAGUAAAAUGAUGACUUGCACAGAGCAGUCCUUGUAUUACCGGCAGUGGACAGUACCCAAGCAGAACCAUAUGGAUUACAGCAACAUAAAGGAAGGUAGAAUGGACACCUUCCAUCCAAGAAGACUGAUAUUGAGUGGACCACCACAGAUAGGGAAAACGGGAGCCUAUCUCCAGUUCCUCAGUGUAUUGUCAAGAAUGCUGAUCAGAUUGACUGAAGUGGAUGUUUAUGACGAGGAGGAAAUCAAUACCAGUCUUGGUGAUAAAUCUGAUCAGUAUUUUCACCAGCUUGCAGAUUUGUGGCCUGAUGUGAACCUAGUUAAAAAAAUGAAUUUUGACUACACCAUACAUGAUCCCAAAUACGAGGACUCUAGUGUCAUCUGCUCCAGCCUCAACAAUAUCAACAGUAACGAAAAAAUACAGAACAGGAAAAAUGAGGAUUUAUAUGUAAGGCGCCCAACCACCAGAAUGAGAUUAUCCAAAUUUGCUUCCUAUAAUACCUACCACCAUUGUGAGCAGUGCCACCAGUACAUGGGCUAUAACCCAAGGUUUCAAAUGUAUGAAUCAACUCUACACGCUUUUGCCUUUUCUUAUUCUAUGCAUGGAGAGGAAAUUCAGCUUCACUUUAUCAUACCAAAAUCAAAAGAACAUAAUUUUAUCUUCAGCCAAGCUGGUGGUCAACUGGAGAGCAUGCGUUUACCGAUUGUCAGAGAUCAGAACAUGGAUUGUGUAAAAAGUCCAAUCUUUACUCCCACCACUGGACGCCAUGAACACGGACUCUUCAAUCUGUAUCACGCUAUGGAUGGAAGCAGCCAUUUACAUAUCUUAGUUGUUAAGGAAUAUGAGAUGGCAAUAUAUAAAAAAUACUGGCCAAACCAUAUCAUGUUGGUCCUGCCAAGUAUCUUCAACACUGCUGGAGUUGGAGCAGCUCAUUUCUUAAUUAAAGAGUUGUCUUAUCACAACCUGGAGUUGGAGCGUAAUCGACAAGCAGAUUUAGGAAUCAGACCACAAGAUAUCUGGCCUUUUAUAAUCAUUGCUGACGACUCCUGUGUAAUGUGGAAUGUUGUAGAUGUUAAUGUAGCAGAAGAUCCCAGGGAAUAUUCCUUGUCUGAAAGAAAUGUGUCAUUAAAGUACAUACUACAGCAUAUUGAAGCAACCCCAAACAUCACUCAGUAUGCUAUGAUGGGCAUGCGGAAAUGGGCAAGUAAGACUAAGGGCACGGACGUGAAAGAACCGUUCUCUCGCUGCCACCUACACGAUUUCAUUCUGCUUAAUGUCGACCUGACACAAGAUGUACAGUACAAUGAGAGCAGAUUUACAUGUGAUGACAUCGACUUUAAUCUUCGAUUGAAUAGCUCUGGGCUGCUGCUAUGUCGAUUUAAUCGCUUUAGUGUACUGAAGAAACAGAUUGUAGUUGGAGGUCAUAGGUCAUUGCACAUAAAACCGAAGGUGUUGGAUUCGUCACUGUCAGUGUCCCCUGCUCACUACAUCUGCGCCCCAGACAGCAAACACACAAUACUGGCUGCCCCAGCUCAGCUGCUCUUAGAAAAAUUCCUCCAGUUUCACAGUCAGCGGUUUUUCCCUUUAUCAUUGAAUCACUGCAGUCACCCAGUGCUUGUUGUUGACUGCUACCUAAACCUAGGGCCCCAGAUAACUGUUUGCUACGUGAGUUCCCGGCCACACUCUGUCAAUGUUAGCUGCCAAGGGGUAACCUUUAGUGGUCUUUUGCUGCACCUCUGUGAUUCCUUUGUGGUUGCGAGUUUUUUAAAAAGAUUCCAGUUUCUAAAAGGUGCUACCUUGUGCGUGAUCUGUCAGGACCGUAAUGCUCUCCGGCAAACUGUCGUUCGACUUGAAUUGGAAGAUGAGUGGCAGUUUCGGCUUCGAGAUGAGUUUCAAACAGCAAACGCUAAAGAUGACAAACCUCUCUACAUCCUUACAGGACGCCAUGUUUAAAACAAGGACACACAAACUGAACACUAUGGGAGGUGCUGAUGAAUAAUCACAGUCACUUUGUAUGCACUGGGUUUAUACAGAAAAAUAUGUAUUAUUUUUCUAAUAUCUCUAAAAUGACAGGAAAAUGUAACACUGUUUUUAAACAUCAGUUAGUGAAGUAAAAUAUUUUUGAUUGCAUCAAACAUAUUUUGUAUUUAAUUUGUACCUAUGUAUUUUUAAGCACUAAAGAAAAAACUCCUUUUGUAUUUUAA